GUUUUCCAUAUUAAUUUUUUUCUUAUUAAUUAGAGUCCUCUACGUAAUGUGAUUAUCUAGACAAAAAACAUAUUGUAUUAUUUUCGUCUGAGAGUGUUAUUUAAUAAAAAGAAAAGAUCAACACAUUUCUUUGACACGCAAUGGCUGUCAAAGGACUAGUUGCUGCAAUAGUUCAGUUUCUGACCCAUCAAUUGGAGGAUGGGAAUAUUACAGCAGAUUCCCGUGAGAGUCUUGAAGUAGCGAUUCAAUGUUUAGAAACAGCCUACAGCGUACAAGCAAGCGAUACACCUGCUAAAUUUAACUUGUACGAAGCUUACAAAGCUGCUGUUGAAGAUGCUAAGCCAGAUCUUGGACCGGAAGCUUCACCAGAGGCUAAAGCUGAAGCGGAAAAAUAUAAGAAUGAGGGUAAUGCUUUGGUCAAAGCAGAAAAACUCGAAGAAGCUAUUAACAAUUAUACCAAGGCAAUUGAAUUAAAUGCGCAUAAUGCAGUUUAUUACUGUAACCGAGCUGCAGUCUACAGCAAGCUUGGAAAUCAUCAUCAAGCUAUUAAAGAUUGUCAUACAGCAUUAUCUAUCGACCCUAUGUAUAGUAAAGCAUAUGGACGAUUAGGUUUGGCAUAUUCAAGUUUGGAGAGGCACAAAGAAGCCAAAGAAAGCUAUCAAAAAGCUUUGGAAAUGGAGCCUGAUAAUGAGAGCCAUCGAAAUAAUUUACAAAUAACUGAAGAGAAAUUGGCUCGACAAUGUGUUUGUAAUAUGGGAUUGGGUGGAGCACCAGGAUCAUUGCCAGAUUUAAGCGCUAUGUAUAAUAAUCCUGCUCUGACAAGUGUGGUACAGCAAAUAUUGUCAGAUCCAGCUAUGCAAAAUAUAAUAAGUAAUUUGUUCUCAAGAACAAAUGUUGAACAUAGAGAACGGCGCAUGGAAGCAUUAAUUGAAGCGGGUCUACAAUUAGCGCAGGAAAUGCAGAGCGAGAAUCUGGAACUGAUAGAGACCAUAAGGAGGCAGAUGGGAGGGAACCCUAACGAUCCUGACCCACCACAACAUAAUUAAAUUACGUAUUAGAGUCAUCAACGUAAGAUCGAAAUAAUCAAGGUUGAUUUUAAUGUGGAAAAAUUUGAAGACAGUGGAAUAAUCACUUUUUUAAAAAGUUAUUGCAAAGUACAUAUGAACAUUUUACUUACAAUUCAGUUUAACCUAUCUUACUUAAAAAUGAAUAUUUAUACGCAUACGCAUAAUCAUAUCUAUGGUCAUAUAUACUACCUUAAGAAUUCUCUUUAAAACUUAGAAGUUGAAUAAAUGUAAAAUAUUGUCUUCUGAAA